AUGCCAAAAUAUUACUGUGAUUACUGUGAUGUAUACUUAACACAUGAUUCCUCUUCGGUGAGGAAAGCCCACAAUAAUGGUAAAAACCACAUCAUGAACGUUAGGAAUUAUUAUGCUGAGUUAGGGCAAGAUAAAGCACAAGCAAUUAUCGAUGAAAUCACAAAGGCGUAUGAACGAGCUGGACAAUCAGGAUUUCCCCCUCAAUAUGGAUAUAUUCCUGGUCUUCCACCACCAACGGCUCCAGUUCCGGGUGCUGCACCCCCUCAAUAUGGUGGAGCUCCAAUACCACCGAUGAUGUUAGGUCGACCUCCUGCAGGAGCUGGUGCACCUGGUACUGUUCCCGCACCAGGACUUUCCAUACCACCACCGGGAAUAGGAUCAGCACCACCAGGAAUGGUAGCACCUGGAGUUGUAGGUCCGCCUCAAAGUAUACCAAUGAUUAAGACUGAACCAGGUUAUCUUCCCAUGAAAAUCGUGUCCCCGGGAAUUCGACCAUCAAUAGUUUCUCCUACUAAUGCUACAUCAUUGGGUCCUGGCCCUCAAGGCAAUAUUCCUCCAGGCGGUGUUCCUGGUUCUGUGCCACCUCCUGGAAGUGUAAAUUAUCAACAAUAUCCAAUUGGACAUCCUUCACAACAUUAUCCACCUCCUGGUGGCGGUCCAAAUGUUUCUAGUCCUUUAUCGCUUCAACCUUCGAGAGGUGUUAAAAGACAGAUGGAAGAAUAA